AGUAAUUUUGGCUAGGUUGGCAGGCUGGCGCUCUAAACAGCUGACACAAUAUUUUGAAACAGGUAAACAAUAUUAUAAAUUUCGCAAAAACCUACAAAAUGAGCCAACUGCCAACGCAAGCGCCACAUCCACCAACGGGAACACAACAGCCACUGCAGCCGCCACCACCAAUGGGCCAGAACAUUGCACCCACUGGCGCCUUUCCAGGUUCACUAACACCCGGCUGGAACGAUCCGCCACCAAUUUCUGCGGAAGCGGCCAGCAAUCUCAACUCCCGAAGACCCCGACUGGAUCUGCGAAAACGCGUGGCAUAUCCAAUGGAUCAGCCACCGCUGCAGCCACAGCCGCAGCCACCACUUUGA